AUGCAAUUGAAUGCCGUAGCGCAUGGUGAAUCAGUGUACGAAGAUAGUGUUAUAGAAGUGGACUCAGAAGAAACCUCAAACAGUGACCACAAUUCACAAGAGUUUGACCUACAACAAAUAGGAUCGUAUGGCUUCUUGCUGGAAUCAAACGUUGAACAUUCUAACGCCGAGGAACAAAUCAUGCAGACAAACGAUACCACGGAAAAUAUGCUCGAGCCUAACAAGGAAACGCGUACAAGCAAGUUUAUAAACGAGAUUUUAGCGGAAAAAGUUGAGGAUAUAGAGGAUCAAUUUUUAAAGGAACAUUUUAAUAUGACUUGCUAUAUAUGCGGCACUAGUGUUCCAAAUUUUACACAUCUGAAUAGUCAUUUUCAAAACAUGCAUCAAGAGAGAGAAGCAUUAGUGGUGUGUUGUGGUGGCAAAUUUUCCGAUAGAAAUCUAAUCGUUAAACACUUGCGCCAAAAGAACCAUCUAGGAUGUCUACAUUGCAAAAAGCCUUUCAAGCUUAAAUCAAGUUUGACGAAUCACAUAAUCAAGAUGCACAAUCAAAGCGAGCAAAAAUCUAAUUCCUGUAUUAAAUGCAACAAAAAUUUUGCGAGCAAACCGGAUAUGAAAUUGCAUUUUUACGAGGAACACAUACAUAACAACGAACGGCUCCCGUGCCAGAUCUGCGGUUGGUGGGUGCAGCGUCGUUUUUUCAAACGUCACAUGAAAGCUGCUCACUGUGCAGGUGAAAUAGAGCCUGUCAAGUUCAAGUGCGACAAAUGCCCGCAAUCUUUCGAGCACAAAGCUUUGCUCAAUAUACACAUGAAAAGACACCAAAACGCGUGUUCAAUGUGUAAGACUUACUUCUCGAAUCAGUUCUUCUUGAAUAGGCAUAUGGCAACGGUUCACCGCAUGGGCGCUGUUUGCGCUUAUUGCAGCAAGUAUUUUCAAUGUAAAACAACAUAUGAGCUGCAUGUCAAUGUACACAAAGGUAUCGAAGCACCACAGGUUCUGAGUUGA